AUGCGCGAGUACACACGCGCUAACGCUGACAACGGACAUGAGCACGAAGCUGGGCAUCACGGAGAAAAAGGUGGACAUGCAAAAGGUCAUUAUCAUAAAGACGGUCAUUAUGGUGAACACCAUGAAGCGGGCGGUUAUCACAAAGGCGGAAAAUUCGGGGAAAAGAAGGGUCACAAGAAAGGACAAAAAACCACAGGAUUCCAUCACAAAGCCCACAAAGAUGAUUACCAUAAAGAACAUAAAUUUUAUGACGAACUUCACAAAGCAGGCAAACACUUCAAGUAUGGAGACUAUCAUGCCCAUCAUGGCAGCAAGGAGGGUGGUCACAAAAAGGGCGGCAGUCAUCACAGCGGACAUCACGAAGACAACCACGGAAAGAAAGGACACCAUGCUAAAAGCCACUAUGACGAAGACCACAAGGGACAUAAAGGACUACAAGGACACGAAGAACACCAUGCUCAUUUUGAAGAUUAUGGCAAAAAAGGCGGAGAACAUUCCGGAAGAGAAUUCGGAUUUAGCAAAGGUGGACAUCGUUAA